CUGCUAAAACCAGUUUCCUUGUUCACGCCUACAAUUCGAACCAGUGCAUUAUGGGAUGAUUUGUAGUUUCUCUAACAAGGAGUUAGGUUAUGUGCUGUUGCUUGAUUAACUCUUUCGAUAGCCUUCCCACACAAGGCACCAGGAAAGGAUGUCCAGUAAAGAGGUGAAGGCUGCCCUGAAAAGUGCAAGGGAAGCCAUCAAGAACAAAGAAUACAAAGAAGCACUUAAACAUUGCAAGAAUGUUCUCAAGCUCGAGAAGAACAACUACAAUGCCUGGGUGUUCAUUGGAGUGGCCGCUGGGGAGCUGGACCAGCCUGACCAGGCCAAAGCAGCAUACAAGAAGGCUGCCGAGCUCGAGCCUGACCAGCUACUGGCAUGGCAGGGAUUGGCAAACCUAUAUGAGAAGAACAACGAGACAGAUAAGAGUGAACUCCCUGUGGUAUACCAGAAACUCAUCACAUUGUAUGAAAGUUCAGACAAAGUCAAGUGCCAAGAGGUGAGCAGGAAGCUGGUGGACCUCCACCUCCAAGAGAAGGACUAUUUGCAGGUGGCUCGUGUGUGGAGCAGGCUGCUGCAGCUGAAGGAGGAGGGUGAGGCCGACCAGGCCGAGCAGCUGCAGCUCUGGAGGGAGAUGGCGCAGAUCCUACAGGACAGCGUGGAGGAGCAGGACAACGAGACCCAGCAGCACCUUAUAACUGCUUUUGAGAAAGCCAUGACUCUCACAGAAUCUGCCCCUUGUGAAGACCACAAGAAACUCUCAAUGGACUUCCUCACAUGUCUGUCAAAGCUUCCACAUGAAGAAGCCAAACUGAAAGAAGUCUGUGAGAUGAUGCUGUCCACUUACCCCUCCCAAAAAUUCCCCUUGGAGGUCCUGUGCUCACACUACCUAAAGUCAGGAGCAUGCAGUGAGGAGGCCGUUGGAUGCUUCAGGCGUAUGCUGGAGUUGGACGCAGGCAGUGGGCCAGCUCUCCUGGGCCUGGGAGUCACGGCUCUGGACCAGAAGAAGUAUGAGGACGCCAUCAAGAGCCUGUCUCAGGGAUUGAAGCAGAUGCGUUCCUCUGUGGUUGGCUGGUAUAGCUUGGCCCAGGCUCAGCUCAAGAUUCACAAAUACACAGAUAGUGCCAAGGCGUGCAGUCAAGGACUGAGUUGCUGUAAGGACAGUGAUACAGAAUUGAGCCAGAAGUUGCAGAAGCUCAAGCUGGAGUCUCUUGUGAGGAGUGGAACUGAAACCACAUCUGAUGAAGCGCUGGACACACUCACUCAGAUAUCUGAUUUCAGAAAUGAUCCCGUCCUGUUAUCUUUUAAAGGCAGGAUCUACUUGCAGAAAGGCCAAAUUGAACAAGCAUUGCAGGUAUCAACGGAGUUGGGGACGUCCCAUCCUGACUCUGUAGAGGCAGUUACGCUGAAGGGGCUCAUCCAUCAGGCACGGGAUGAGCUCCAACAAGCAGAGGAAAGCUUCCAGAAGGCCCUCUCAAUCUGCCCAGACUCAGGAGAGCUCUACUUCCUGUUGGGCCGACUCUACUGGCUCAUGGGAGAAGAGGCGCGUCGAGAUCGGAAUAAAGCACACACGCACCUCCUCAAGGCUGCGAAGCUUGACCCUCACCUGGGCUCUGUGUUCCGCUAUCUGGGCCACUACUACCGGGAGGUGGCCCGUGACCUGGGCCGAGCGCAUGGAUGCUACAAGCGGGCCUUUGAGCUGGACGGCAGCGAUGGUGAGGCAGGGGCGGCAGCAGUCGACAUCAGCAUGGAGCAAGGAGACAUGGAAUCUGCCUUGGCCAUUUUGACGUCGGUGACUGAGAGAGCCACCCCUGGGUCAGCCAAGUGGGCCUGGAUGAGAAGGGGCUUAUAUCACCUCAAGAUCAAUGAGCACCAGCAAGCUGUCACAGACCUGCAGGCGGCGCUGCGGGCGGACCCUAUGGACUGGGUGUGCUGGGAGUGCCUGGGCGAGGCCUACCUGCACCGCCACAGCUUCACCACUGCGCUCAAGGCCUUCACCAAGGCCCACCUGCUGCAGCCCGACUCCAUCUACAGCCUCUACCAGAUGGCCGCCAUCAAGCAGAUCCUGGGCAAGUCCAAGGAGGCUGCCGGAGAGUACAUGAAGAUUGUCCAGCGAGAGGACUAUGUACCUGCGCUAAAAGGUCUUGGAGAGUGCCUUCUCGCCUUAGCACGGGGUGCGCUGGAAGACUACUUAGAUGGGAGAGCAGUGGACUUCAUUCAAAGUGCCAUUGAAUACCUGUUCAGGGGUGUCCAGCAGCGUCCGGACCUGUCGUGUUUGUGGAAGCUGCUGGGCAAUGCCUGUAGUCUGAGUGGUUCCGUGGCUCCAGAGAGGGCUCACGUGAUGGUCCCAGGGGCCUUGUCAGGAGACAGCCCGUCGGAUCAGAACCACCGCCUGGACCAGAGAACACUGCUGAGGCUGGGCGAGAGGUGCUAUGGCCAAGCCCUGAAGCUGAUGCCAGAGGCUGCCAGUCUGUGGUGUGACCUUGGCAUCAACUACUACCGCCAGUGCCAGAAACUCCUCCCCCUCAACCAGGAGCAGGACAUCCAGACGCUUCUGGAAAAAUCCUUACAGUGUAUAAAGAAGGCUGUCAUGUUGGACAGUGCCAAUAACAGCUACUGGAAUGCCUUGGGAGUUGUUGCCAUGGCCACAGGUGUUGAAAACUUUGCUCUGGCACAACACUGUUUCAUUAAAUCAGUAAAGGUGGAACCAAAUAAUGUUGUAGCUUGGACCAACCUGGGUGUAUUGUACCUGAAAAAAGAAAACAUUGAGCUUGCCCAUGAGGCCUUUAAGGUUGCACAGUCUCUAGAGCCGCUAUACGUCAACUGCUGGAUUGGACAGGCUCUGAUUGCAGAGAUGGUGGACAGCGCCGACACCAUGGACCUGUUCCGCCACACCACAGAGCUCAACACACACACUGAGGGAGUGAAAGGCUAUGCCCACUUUGUGUGCUCCACGCUGCUGGACAAGAGCAACCGGGACUCUGAGCUCUACCGCUACAACAUCCUGCAGAUGAACGCCAUCUCCGCUGCCCAGGUGGCCCUCUGCAAGUACACAGAGAGGAUUCAAACAGACCCCACAGCUUUUGUCAUGCUUGGAUAUCUCAAUGAACACCUACAACUCAAGAGACAGGCCACUGUAGCCUACAGAAGAGCUGUGGAACUGCUCCAGACCUCUCCUCACGUAGACGAGCUCAGCUUCGCCCUCAGAAACUACGGCCGUGCCCUCUGUGACACAGGCCAGUGUGAGGAUGCUGUGCGUGUGUACUCCUCCACGCCACUGGGGGAGCUGCAGGACCUGGUGGGGCUGGCCCUGGCCUACUUCAGAGCAGGCCACCUGCAGGAAAGCCUCGCUGCCUAUGAGAAGGCGCUGUCUGUGGCCUCUACGGAGAAGGAGAGGGCCUACAUCCUCACAGCACUGGCUCUGCUCCAGCACAGACUGGGCAGCAUGGACACGGCCAAAACGUUGCUCUUCAAGUGCUCGUUGCUGAAGGAGCCCAUAUCGGAGAGCCUGCUGUGUCUGUGCGCUCUGGGCCUGGUCCAUGGGGACGGCACCCUGGCCACGGCGGCACUCUCCGAGCUGCUGAAGCUGACCGGGGGCCCAGGGGGCGCUGUGGAGCAACGCUGCCUCCUCACCUGUGCCCUGCUGGCACUGCAGGGACACUACAGCGCCGUGCCCAGGGAGGCUGCCAGGGCCGUGCACAGUAACCCAGGAAACGCCACCCUCUGGGCCCUGCUCUCCCGCCUGGUGCCACAGUACCACCCUAGGCAAGCCAAAGGUGGUGCUGUCGCUGGAAGUGUGGCCUGUCUCUCCAGUAUGACACAGGGGAAGAGGGCGCUACUGUUCAGUGGUCUGAGUCAGCUAGCUGCUGGCAGACACGCGGGUGAGGACCGCUCCAGGAAUGGCCUGAAGACCAUACAGAGAGCCGUGCUGCUAUGUCCAGAUGACCUGGCUGCCUGGGCUGGGCUGAUGGCCGCUUCCUAUGCGGAGAACACGGCCUGCGCUCUGUCCGGCUCUGCCCCUCUCAGACAGGGUCUAGAGCGCCCCCUGAUGGCCGCCAUUGCAGAGAAAGCCCAGGCAGUCCCUGUGGAGGAGCGUCCCCUGGCCCAUGCUGUGGAGAGCUGGGCACUGCAGCAGGCCCUCUCAGGCCUCAGGCAGGCCACACACUAUGCCCAGGCUGAAGCCCUGUGCACUCAGGUGCUCAGUGUGUCUCCUGACCACCCUGCCGUGCUGCUUCAGCUGAGGCAGCUCCAGUGUGAGCGCCUCCUUGUGGAGCAGGCUGGAACUGCGCUGCCCGUGCCUGUGCUGGAGCAGCUCUCCGCAGCUGUGAUGGCCAACCCUACCUCAGUGUCUGCCUGGCAUUGGUUGGCAGGGUUGUAUUUCUCCCAGGGCCUGCUGGCCCAGGCCUCGGUGGCAUACAGACAGAGCCUGCAGCUGGCCUCUCAGCUGGGCCACUACAGUGGGAAGAUUGGGGGCCUGCUGAGGCUGGCACUACUCGCCCUGACCCCCUGUAUGGCCAAACAUCCAGGAAGUGACUGGAAGAGCCUGGUCGUGGAGGCCACCACUGAGGCCCUGAAACUGGGUCCUUCUCCCGUAGCCCUUCUCCUCCAGGCUCUGCUGCAGUUCUCCACCAAGAUGGAGGCCAGAGAAACCCGUCGUCUGCUGGAGAGGCUUGUUUACUACGCAUCUCCUGAGCAGCCUGACACCGUGUCAUCUGUUGCACGUUGGUAUCUCCUCCGCCAUCUCCACGCCAAAGACGACCUGGAGCUCAUGGAUAAACUGGUGGAACAGGCUGCAGCUGCCGGAGACUCAAGACUCCUGGAAUUCCACAAACAGAUCUGCCUGUCAGGCUGAUUCGGAGCUCUUAGCGUCGUGACUGACCACCCCAGAUGGACCCUCCGCCCCAUUUGCUCAAUGCAACAAAGCCAUGCCGCUUCUGAUGCUUGAACUCCAUUCACAGACCUGCCUCGAAAAUAUCUAGUGUCUUAAAUAAAACUCACCAAGAAACAUGACCAUUAACACAGUAAAGCAUGACAUUUGAAUGAAUGACUUUGACAAAGGACGAAGGAUGUUUGUCAUUUGGCUUGUGCAUGGACCAAAUAAUGUAUUUUGACAUAAAAAGAACAGACUUUGAUUUUUGGAAUCAAAACUGAGGAUCAUGUUAUAUCCCUGGUAGAUGCGCUUUAUGUGACACUGGCUCAAAGAAAAUGGGACUGCUAUCCAUGUAUAACUUAACAGGUGAAAAGCAUUACAUUUGUCCAUGCUAGAUCUUAUAUUUUCCUUUCAACAUGUGCCAGGUAUGUGAAACAAAUUAUCUGUGCACUUAAGGGAAAUGCUUACAGCUGGCCUCUGGUCAGUAUGUUUUACCAAUCAUGAGAUUUCAUUGUAAAUGAAUGUGCUGGUGGAAUACUAGAAUGAAAAGCAUUGUAUCAAUA